AUGGAUCUUUGCCAUGAUCAUUGUAUAAAUGCACGAAACGAUACUAUAGUAAAAUCAGAAAAUGACAAUAGGUUAUAUAGAGGCUUAGUACUCUCUAAUGAAAUGAAAGUGCUUCUAAUAAGUGAUCCAUCGGCCAAUAUGAGUGCGGUUGCAUUAGAUGUUAAUAUCGGUACUAUGUUCGAUCCAUAUGAUUUACUAGGAUUGGCAAAUUUAUGUAGACAUAUAUUACUCUUUGAGAGGGUAGAAUAUUUCAAUAACCAAAGUUUCUACGAAUAUUUACGCAACAAUCAAGGCUAUGCUGAUACAUCGAUAAAUUUGGAUAACACUGUCUACAAAUUUGAAAUUAUAUCGGAUAAAUUAGAAGACGCUUUAGAGCGUUUCGCCAAAAUCAUACGAAAGCCUAUUUUCACGGAAUAUAUAUUAAAGAGGGCAUUGAACAUUAUAGAUUUAGAAUACCAUAUAGAUUUAGCGAAUGAUGAACGACGGUAUAAUCAAGUAGUUCAGUCGGUCGCGAAAUAUAAUCAUCCUUUUAGCAGAUUCCAACAAGGAAAUUUAGGCAAUAAGGAAUCGUUGGAAGUAAUACCAAAAAAAAAGGGCAUCAAUGUUAUUCGCAGGCUGCACCAAUUUUACACCACAUAUUAUUCCUCUAAUGUUAUGUCAUUGUGUAUCCUUGGUCAAGGAGAUUUAGAUAAUCUUGAAAAGAUGGUUGUAAAUUUCUUCAACGAUAUACCGAACUACAAAGUUAAAAUUCCACAAUGGUCUUAUCCGUUCCCGACGCAGAAGAUUCUUAAAAUAAAUAUAGUUCCAAUAAAAUAUAUGCGAAAACUGAUGUUAAUAUUUCGCAUACCCGAUCUACACAUGCAUUAUCAGUUUAAGCCUAUGUAUUACAUUUCUCAUUUGCUGGAAUGUGAAGGAAAAGGGUCGUUGUUAUCGGUUUUAAAGAUUAAGGAUUGGGCUAGCUCUCUCAUGUGUGAAGAACGCUAUAGUACCAAACCUCUCAACUUGUUUAUUAUCAAUAUCGAGCUAAGUAGGAAUGGUUUCUUACAUGUCAACGAUGUCAUUUAUCUAGUGUUUCAAUAUUUCAAGAUGUUGAAGGAAAAAGGUCCGGUUGAGUGGAUCUACCAAGAAUAUCAGGAGUUCGCGGAGAAAAAUUUCCGUUUCCUGGAGAAAUCUUCACCUAUUUCAUAUGUAACUUCAAAUGCUCGAGCAUUGCAAAUAUAUCCAAUGAACGAUGUUCUAUGCGCAGAAAGUAUUUUCAGUCCAACAUGGGAGCCAUCGUUAAUCAAUAAGUUAUUAAAACAAGUUUUAAUCCCUUUAAAUAUGCAAAUUCAUUUAAUUGCGAAAGAAAAUGAAAGUACCAAAAAUUUAACCGAAUCUUGGUACGGCGCCAAAUACAAUAUGGACUAUAUAGCGAGAGAAUUGGUUAGAAAAUGGUAUAAGAUUGAUGUUAAUCCGGAAUUUCAUUUGCCCUUGAAGAAUAAAUUUAAAGUGACAAGUUUCGAUAUCAAGAAGGCCGAUAACGUAAUUAUAAAGAAUAAUCGUUACUAUACUAAUAUUACGUAA